CAUACACGGGUGUACCAAAUCUCCCUCACCGCACACGCACCGCACACACGCAUACAAGACCCUCGACGCACGUCACCUCGGGCGUCUCUUUCGAAACACUUGACUGCGACACCUCUUAUUGACCUGCACCUCGAGCUCGCAGAGCGACGCGACACGGAAUGAAUCCAUCGUAUCCCGACCACAACAUGGCCUAUGGCCGGCCAGGAGAGGCUGACCAGGUCAUGUAUGCGCCCUUCACCUAUGACGCGCCGCCACCGCCCCAGCAGUCGGCCAUGUACCAGGGCUACUACACCAUGAACGAUCCCAUGGACCCAAAUAACCCCUCCGACUUCCACAUGGGAGGCUCCGCCCCCACUAGGCUUCGUGCUCGCCGCGGUCCCGGAGACCGCGCUUCCCUCGAGGUGGCCGUUCAUCCCUACAACAUGGACGGACGCAUGUCGCCAACGAGGUACUCACCUGGAAUCCCUCCCAUGCCCCCAAUUCCGCCAAAGAGCUCGCUGCGCGGAAAGACGGCCGAGGAAGAGGAGGCCAGAAAGGCGCGCAAGCGCGAGAUGGGCCGUGAGCGCCAACGUCGCAAACGCUUGCGCGACAAGGCUAAGCGAGAGGCUCUGGAGCACCAGCAUCAUCCCCCGGGAUCCUCCACGUCCACAUUGCUUGGCCGGUCUGCUGGCGACAGGAGUUCGUUCACUUCUGUCUCGUCCUAUGAGGGGCCUUCAUCCGUGUCGACUACCUACUCGAACCUUCCUCCAAUGGCCAUCCCCAUAUCGUCCCCGUCUCACUCCUUUGGAAUGUCGAGCUCCGGCUCGAUGUCGGAUAUGUCGUCGCCUGGCCAUUUGUCCCCUACAAUGGGCGGCUUUGCGUCCGACGACUCGUCUUGGGAACACAACACCAUGUUGAGUACCCUCACUCUGUCAGGAGGCGGCGACGCUACUGUUCGCGCGUCGAAGCCGCGAGGUCAAAGCGCCGCGCUGAGCAGCAUUGCUGGCUCGAGAAGAGACUCUGGCGCCGAGGUACACGGAUACUCGACAGUCCAGUCCCCGUCAAAGCGUCGCAAAUCGGAAGCCGGCGAUCAUCAAGUCGGGCUAGGCGUAAACUUCGGGCAACAGGAUGGCGCUGGCGACAAUGAGGCAUGGCGGCAAGGCCGGAACCUUCGUCGUACCGAAUCUGCAACGGACAAUAUUCCCAUCGACCCGGCUUUGACUGGAGAGUCACGUCGUUCACCUACGCCCCCUCCCCUGGGGACUCGAAGCAACGGUUUGCAAGGCAGCCAGCCACCGUCCAGCGAUGGCAACUACUUCGCUUCGACGGUCGUCAUGGCUCUAUCUCAGACUCAGUGGUCUGGUGAGAUCCAAAACCGUCUAGGUAUGGACCGAGCCGACCUCGAAAGCAUGGGUCCCGGCCUUGCAGCCACCUAUGACCGCUGGCGUUACGAACAGAACAGGGGCAGAGGCAGCCUCGACUCGAAUGGUGGCCGCGUGUCUCCAUCGCCCGCGUCGCCUCCUAAACCGUUCGCCACGCCUUCCACGCGAGGAGUAGGCCAGGACAAUACGUCCGCCUCGCCGUCGACGUCUUCUAACAACUCGCACCACAGCAUGCCUGGGCUGAGCCACAGACCCAGCUCCAAUCCCACCAUCAGUGUUGCGUCCGCUGGCCGGCCGCCUCAAACACCCAAGCACCAGCAGCACAUCGGCAGCGGCUCGUCGUCGAACUCGCCCGCUCAUCCCACUCUGCAGACCCCUGUCUCUCAUCAGGGCGUUUUCCCCCCACAUGACAUCAAUCAGACGUGGACCGCACACACGGCCCGCAUGUACGAGGCCGGUUGGCGCGAACAAUACCCCCCGCCGAUGCCUGGCCAGAUGAUGGCCGACGGCAAGGCCGGCAUAAUUCCACCGCCCCCGAUUCACGCGCCAUCGAACGCACCAAUGCCCGCGCUGCACAGCCCUGUCACCGUACAGCCCGGUGUCUUCCAGCAGACCCCUACCCAGGCGGCACCGCGCACGUUUGCGCCAAACGUCCACCCCCAACACGGCAUGCCUGGGGUGCAGAUGUACUAUGGCCCCGCUGGUAUACCUCCUGCAGGUGUGCCCCAAGCCCCCGUGCACCGCCAGCCGGGCGACGAGAUGCUCCAGCUUGGCGCUCAGUGAUCCGCGUCCUCGUCUCAUGUUAUCUUUCUUCCGACCUGCAUCUAUGGCAAAUCUACACGCAACUGCCUACAAUACCCACCCACCCACUCUCUUGGACUUCUUCCCGCCGCAAUAAUACAUCAACUUGCAUUGGCGCAUGACUUUGAAACGACCCGAAACGACCUCACGACCCGAUGGUUGCGCAGCUACUCUGCCGAUCACACGACUACUU